AUGGCAUCUCUUCCCCGUCUGGUCACGGCUGUCAGCUCGACCGCGAUCCGUCUCUGCGGCUUCAUCUUUCUGAGAUGGAUACCGGGGCAUCACUUUGUGCCAAUGAUCUUCACUUCCCUGGUCGUGUAUCUCACUUCGUUCUGGUCACUCCGACAAAAUCAGCUUCCACCUCGGGCUUCAAAUGGUCGGGAUAGGAGUGCCGAUAGAAAGUCGAAGAAACAUUCGGACUCCCUUUACCAAGGAAAUGAAGAUUCCAUGUUAAAGACUGUGUUGACGGGGCUGCCAUCGACGCGCUCACCCCGGUUAUCCUUAGUGACGGCCCUCUUCAAUAUCGCCGUGGCAUUACUGACCCUCGACUUCUUGAUCCGGGGUUUGACGAUCUAUCCAAGCGCCGAAGUGUCAUUCUCCCGAAUUGGUCACGUCUCACCAACUAGUGCGAAUCUGCUCUUUCGGGAAUCUGACCAAAGUCAAUUGCCUAUAGUGGUGUCAUAUCAAGAGGUGUCGCUGCUGACUCCUCUGAAAUGGGUAGAGGAGGGAACAGUGUACAAAGUCGACAACAGCACCGAUUUUACCGCGACAGUAACACUCAAGGGGUUAAAGCCUUCUACUCAGUACAGAUAUCGAUUGUCGAACAACAAGACCGGAAGCUUUACGACAGCGCCACAGCCUGGUUCCCCACAGGCAAAUAGACUCUCAUUCGUGACUUCCAGCUGUAUCAAGCCCAAUUUCCCAUACAAUAUCCUUUCACAUCCUCUGAGGGUCCCGGGGAUAGAGUCGAUGACGGAUGCAGUCGCCAAGCUGCCUCUGAUCUUGCGACCGGCCUUUAUGCUCUUCUUGGGCGAUUUCGUCUAUAUUGAUGUGCCGUUCCGCUUUGGCUCCUCCAUGGAUCAUUACCGCAGCGAGUAUCGCCGCAUUUACGCUUCACCUUCGUGGAGUGCAUCUUCUGCCGACGGCCCAGCCAUCGAUCUCCCAUGGAUCCAUACCCUCGACGAUCACGAAAUUGAAAAUGACUGGUCGCGUGGAAACAGGACGGCACCAUAUCCAGAGGCUGCAGACCCCUUCCAGCAUUAUCACGUUGCCGCGAACCCCCCCAUUCCAGAGAGGUCAUUUGCGAAUCCAGAAGAAGUCACCUACUUUUCCUUUGUCAACGGGCCGGCCUCCUUUUUCAUGCUCGAUACCCGCACGUAUCGUUCAGAGCCCUCAAAGCCCAACUCGACCAUUCUCGGUUCCGCCCAGCUUCAGUCACUUUUGACGUACCUAUCGACUCCUGAACCGGAGGGUGUACGCUGGAAGAUUAUCAGUUCUAGCGUGCCCUUUACUAAGAAUUGGCACGUUGGCACAACAGAUACAUGGGGCGGCUUCCUUGAUGAGCGCCAGACCGUGUUCGAAGCCAUGUGGCGUGCUGAACGCGAACUCAACGUCCGCAUUGUCCUUCUAAGCGGAGAUCGCCACGAGUUCGGCGCCACAAGAUUCCCGGAUCCAGUGCUCAACCUUGCUCCUUCACAACUGCAGCCCGAUACAGCAGGCUUGGGCCUUCACGAGUUUAGUGUAGGCCCACUGAGCAUGUUCUAUCUCCCCAUUCGCUCGUAUUAUCAGACUGACGAUGAGGACGUCUCUGUGAAAUACGUACCUGAUGGGAACAGCAAAUUCGGACUUAUCGAGAUCGCCGAUGGCGUCGACGAGGCUGACCCUGACGCUGCAGCACCAGUGCCUGUCCGAAGCUCGAUCUUGACGUACUCGCUGUAUGUGGAUGGAGAUGUUGUUUGGAAGUACCGUCUAAGUAUCCCGCUGGAUCGUGAUACUGCCACCGGUGCCACGACCAGUGGUCUGGGUGACAAUACCCACUUGCCACGGGGGCGGGUACUGGAGGACAAAAUUUCCAGGGAAAGCUGGGACAUUGUGGUGAAAAAGGUUGUUGGCCGUUUGGAGGGGCUGGUGAGACAGGGGGUGGACUGGGCUUCUGAUAUUUACCAUAAAGCUUCUCUGUGA